GCAUAAAAUGCCAUGUUCAUGAGGCUAAAACUGGAAUGGGGCAAAUCAUGAGGAACUUUGUAGCAAUUUGCCACGCAGUGUCUGCACAUCACCACCAGAUACCAGCCAAUUUACACAUUAAUCAAAGGGAGGGUCAUUCAGACAACAUUAUUUGUACAGUAAAACCUGCACUCACAAUAUUUUUCUAUUUUCCACUCAGCCUGCCCUCUCUGUUUCCCCAAAGAGAGCAAUAACCUGAAAGUAUUCGGGAUGAAACACAACUCACUCCUUCCCUCACACACUGACUGGGUGAAGAUGUAAAAUGUUCUGGGAUGAAGUUCAUGUUCCUGAUUAAGGACGGGGUUCCUCACACCUGUCUCGUACUUUAUCUGAUGGUGAAUAAAGUGCUGCCACUCUCUCUCUCUACUCUCCCUCUAACAGGAGAAAACCGAACACAACCAAACACAAAGAAGUGACAUCGUGGGAGGAGCUAUGACCCUCUGGCCCCUCCCCCCUUUCUGAGGAGAGUUCUCUGGAAUCACUGGGCAGUCAGACGGGGAAAGCAGUGAGACACACAGAAGGAGGAUGGGAGGAGCCAGCUCCAGACAUCAACAAGAUGCAACUUCAAACUGUUCAGAAAAUGCAACAAAUUCUUCAAAUUCUUCAUUGUUCAGUUCUGAAGAACUCACCAAACUCAAGGCUGAUUAUGACACGGGUGGAGUGGAAAAGGUUAAAACAGUGGUACAGCAGAAAGUAAGUGAACUAAGCUAUACAUAUCUUAAUGUUGCAGUAACAGGACAAUCAGGUGCAGGGAAAUCUUCCUUCAUCAAUGCGAUGAGAGGACUUCAGUUCGAUGAUGAGGGAGCAGCUGAAGUUGAUUGCAAGGAACCUACAUUGGAGCUAACGGGAUACAAACAUCCCAACCUGCCGAAUGUUUGUUUCUGGGACCUGCCAGGAAUUGGAACCGUAAAGUUCCCAGCAAAUAAAUACCUGAAGGAAAUGAAUUUUAAAAGGUAUGAUUUUUUCAUCGUCAUCUCUGCUGGUCGAUUUACAGAAAAUGACACAAAACUUGCCGGAGAGAUCAAACGGCUCGGGAAGAAUUUCUAUUUUGUUCGAUCUAAAAUUGAUAGUGAUCUUUAUUCAAAGAGAAAGAGAGGGAGACAAUUUAAUGAAGAGGAAGAACUGAAGAAGAUCAGGAAUGACUGUGUCAGCAAGCUGCAAGAGGCAGGGAUCCCAUCACCCAAAGUGUUCCUGAUAUCAAAUUUUGACCUGAAUCUGUACGAUUUUAGUCUGUUAAAUAAAGCUCUGGAAGAUGGCCUUCCGAAUAUAAAGAAAAGUGCGUACAUAGUGGCCCUUCCAAAUUUAAACUCAGGGAUAGUGGAGAAGAAAAGGAAAGAGCUAAGGAAACAAGUCUGGAUGUUGGCGACACUUUCUGGGGGAAUUGGGGCGGUGCCAGUUCCCGGAGUCUCCCUGGGCUGUGACAUUGGGAUAGUAAUUGGAGGAAUAGUACAUUUCCGUCAAUGUCUGGGUCUGAAUGAUUCGUCUCUUCAAAGUCUGGCCAAGAGGGCAGGGAAACCUGUGGAGGAUCUGAAAGCAGUGGUGACAACUCCCCUGGUCGGGGGGGAGAUAACCCCCGAUGUCAUAAACAGAUUGGCAUGGGGUGCUGCUGCUGUCACCAUUUCAGCAAUCGAGCUCGCCCUUGACACCAUCCCAGUGAUUGGUUCCAUCUUCGGAGCAGGCUCUUCGUUCCUUAUGACCUACAAACUACUGAGUGGUGCACUGGAUGAUCUUACAGAGAGUGCACAGAAAGUGGUGGCAGCUGCAUUUGGGACCGAAAAUGAUCCAAACCAAACAUCAGUGCGGUGAGUGAAUACUGCAGCUGAUGGAUAACUGGGAUCUAUCCCUAAAUACUGAUGAAGUUUUACUCAAAUAUUCCCUUGUGACUGAACUCAUUUGUGAAAAUAUUCCUCCCUGAUACCAGGGAAAUGUUAUUGCAGAACAGCAUCUUUUUCGAGGUGUAUUAUAAGGAGAAUUUUAAGUCUCCAAUUAAUUUCACAUGUUCCCUGAACACAUGAAAUACAAAUAAAAUAAGUGUUCCCUGUUGCUGGAAUUAUCCAGCACAGGAUGUAUCCAUUCAGCCCACCAUUCCUCUGGUAAGAAAUAUCUGUGUGUCCACUUUGACAGUGAUGGACAGCUCCUUCUAACGUUCAGCUCCUUCUCUGUAAUGGUGUCUUCUAAAAUAUGACAACAGCAUUACGACUGAAAUGGACUCCUACAGAAAGAAAACUCACUGGGAUUGUGUUUUAUUUUUGAUUAUGGGUAAUUACCACAUUGGUCUCUUUUUGCACCCUCAUGGCUAUCAUUCACAUGACAUUUUAAACCUGUGUUAAGGUUAACGGUAUAGUCUUCCUCCCAGUAUAUAACAAUCCCAACAUAAAGCCUUAUCAAGAGGAAGCUUAUUUUCCAAUACUGUUAAACCCAUCAGCACAUUCAGUGUACAGCCCACUCACCUGGUGUUAGAAUGUCAGAAAAAGUUUAACUUCUCUGCAGAUCUCAAUUUACAUGAUGAAGGAUGAAGGCUCAAUCAGCUCCUGGCUUCAUAGCACCUUAGAUCCAAACACGGUCCAAAGAGAUGGAUUGCACAGGUGAUGUGAGAGAGACUGCACUUGGCAUCAAGGGCCCACCCCUCAGUACCAGUGAGACAGGACUUGGAACAACCCUGAUGCAGCAAGGACAGCGGGCUACACUUGGUUCCAGAACAUGAACAGAAAUGGAACACAUUACACUCGAAUGGACAAAGAAUGCCUGGCCACUGUCUUUGCUUGUGAACAUUUUCAUCAAUGCCUACUUCCAAGAGACAAAAUCACAUUUGGGGCUGACCACAAACCACUUCAAAGUAAUUUUCCACAGCUGCCACUGUCUGCUCCAAAAGCUCUGACUCACAAUACAGAGGUAGCAUUUGCAAAUGCGAGGCAGGCGACUGAAGCAGAUGUAAAUUGCAGACAUGCUGUUGACAGCAGCUUCCCAGUGAAGACAGUACAGGAUACUGGAAUCAUAAAGCUGCUGCUAUCCAUAAACUGCAACAUCUACAGAAACAGUUUCUUUGGUCCAAGUCAUCCACACUGACCAGACAUUCCAAACUGACCUCGUCCCAUUUGCCAGCAUUU